AUGCCUGCCGCUUGUUCAUCAGAUGGCCAUCUGAUGAACAUCUUGGAGCGUCCACAAGCGUGUGGAUGUUCUGCGAGUGAGUGCGAUGGCCUCACUUGCGGUACGGUCGUUAGCACGACUGCACAAGAUCACAGUGUAGUUGAUCACUACACUGUGGAGCAAGCUCUCGGCGGCUGUACAGAGGUACAUGCUGCGCCGAAGGUCCACCACUCGAAUAAGUCGAGUGGACCGGGACAUGGAUGCAUGCCUAGCGGGCAGCAUCUUAGACAGAAGAAACCUGUUGCCCCCAAGGGGCAACAUGGAAAUCCUAGGUCGACUGGAGAGUCGACCGUAGAGGAUCGGUGCCUGACUGUGGUUGCACAGCCACAGUCGGAAGACGUCGAGGGAAUAAGUCCCCACGUACUUGAGGAAGGAAUUCCUCAAGAGUCACUUGCUGAGGGAUCAGGCCUUCAGGAACCUGUGGAACGAAGUUCUCAAGAAGAAAAUGAGACGUUGAACGUCUUGGUUAAUGACGGAUCAAUCGUAGGCACUUAUACGCUUGAUCUGAUUGUGCCUUCGAAGUUAACUUCGGAGAUAACUCAAUUGCCAACGCUAGAACCGAAACGGUUCUUGAGUGAUCUGCGCAGUGGCAAAGUCAAGCAGAUCUGCAUACUCGUUGCAGAGGAUGUGUAUGUGACCGACAUUCGGUCGGCAACAGUAUUUGCCGAGAACGAACGGGUUCUCAGCAGCUCAUCGAUGGACGAAAGUGUCCUCGAGGAGAAGACUCGGAUUGAGCGAUACACGUCUCAAUCCUGGGAGUCACUUCAGGCAAAUCCUUUGUAUAAGGAUUUGAUCGAAUUUAAGGAUGUAUUCCCUGAAUCCGUACCUUGCGAGUUGCCUAAGGACAAAGGCACUCGACACGAGAUCGAGCUCAAACCGGGCUCGAAGUACUGUGUCAUGAAGCAGUGGACACUGCCUCGUGAACAAGUACUAGCGAUCGACAAGUUCUUUGCCGAUCGCUUAGUAGCGGGCUAUGUGAGGGAAUCAACAUCCCCUCACAUAUCUCCGACCUUCUGUGUGCGAAAGGCCACAGGAGGGUGGCGGAUAGUGCACGCAUUCAACAAGUUGAAUGCUGCAACGGUACCGGCUCAGACGCCGAUACCGAGGAAGGACGUCAUAAUAGAUGGUAUGUCAAAGAGUACCAUCUUUUCUUCCAUGAAUCUGAUGGAUGGAUUCUAUCAGAUCCUCAUGCGUGAGCGGGACAUCCCGUUCACGGCAGUGAGUACCCCCAGCGGGAUGCUGUGGGAGUGUCUAGUGAUGCCACAGGAGCUGAGUAAUGCCCCUGCAACAUUCAACAGAUGUGUCACAAAUCUGUUGAGACCGGUGCGAGACUUCGCACCGAGUUACUUCGACGAUGUGUUUGUCCAUAGACGGGCUAUGGACGGAAAGACGGACGUUGAAGUUCACAGAACUCACGUUCGUCAGGUUCUUCAACUUAUGCGCAAGUAUAAGUUGUACGCCAACCCUAAGAAGUGUAUAUUCGCGGCUAGCGAAAUACCACUUCUUGGGUGCAUCGUGGGUAAACACGGCGUACGCCCUGAUCCCGAAAAGAUCAAGGCGAUCACCGACUGGCCAGUGCCAGUCGAUGUCAAGGGACUAAGGAAGUUCCUUGGCCUAGCGGCGUACUUGCACAAGUACUCGCGCAACUACGCCGAGAUGACGGUACAUCUUUCUUGCUUGCGCAAGAAAAAUGUCAAGUGGUCAUGGAACGCUGAGUGCCAGCGUUCCUUUGAAGGUAUCAAGCAAAGCUUGAUGAAAUCGCCGAUCUUGGCGAUUGCAGAUCAGGACAGACCAUUUCAUGUGGUCUGUGACGCCAGCGAUUUUGCAAUCGGCUGUGCGUUAAUGCACUUCGACGCAGAUGGCGCGGAGCGCGUCAUCUGUUAUCAGUCGCGUCAGCUGCAAGCAGCUGAGCGUAAUUACCCAGUGCAUGACAAGGAACUCCUUGCCAUGAAAUACGCACUAGCUAAGUUCCGGGUCUAUCUCCUCGUAGAUAGACCGUUCAUCGUGUAUACCGACCAUGCGUCAAUACGCACGGCCGUAAAAAUCCCGCACCUCUCGCAAAGGAUGGUGAGGUGGCUGUCUUUCUUCGGGGAGUAA